GGGCCCCCAGGCGGGGCGACAGGCAUCGGGCCCCCAGGCGGGGCGACAGGCAUCGGGCCCCCAGGCGGGGCGGCAGGCGCCGGACCCCCAGGCGGAACUACAGGCCUCGGGCCCUCAGGCGGAGCGGCGGGCGCCGGACCCCCGGGUGGAGCGACAGGUCUCGUGCCCUCAGGCGGAGCGGCGGGCGCCGGACCCCCAGGUGGAGCGACAGGUCUCGGGCCCUCAGGCGGAGCGGCGGGCGCCGGACCCCCAGGCGGAGCGACAGGUCUCGGGCCCCCAGGCGGAGCAGCGGGCACCGAGUCACCAGGCACGACAGUGGGCUCCGAGUCAACUGGCAUGACCGCUGGCACUAGGUCAGACAUUGGAUCGUCUGGCUGGACAGCGGGCAUCGGGUCACCAGGCAUCAGGUCAUUUGGCUCGACAGCGGGCACCGUGUCAUCUGGCAAGGCAGUGGGCUCCGAGUCAACUGGUAUGACCGCGGGCACUGGGUCAGACAUUGGAUCGUCUGACUGGACAGCGGGCAUCGGGUCACCAGGCAUCAAGUCAUUUGGCUUG